GUUGAAGGCGGAUAUUCUAACUACUUCUCCACUACGAAGUUGUGUUCUUGUUUUUCCAUUCUGUUAAUCUCACAAAAAUCCAAAAUCGCAGACAAAGGUGUAUUUCAUUUUUCGAUAAAGCCAACUGUAACAUUUUCCCGGUAAAAACAUUGUCACUGCUUCCUGGUCAGCUGGGUAGAGCAGUGAAAUGUCGGGACACCCACGACGUGUGCGGCUGAAGCCGUGGCUGGUGGCUCAGGUGGAUAACGGAACAUUUCCAGGUCUGGUGUGGCUUGACCGUGAGGCCAAGCGUUUCCAGAUCCCGUGGAAACAUGCUACACGACACACACCACAGCAGGAUGAGGAGAACACAAUCUUCAAGGCUUGGGCUGUAGAAACAGGGAAGUUCCAGGAGGGGGUGGAUGAGCCUGACCCAGCCAAGUGGAAAGCUCAGCUCCGCUGUGCUCUCAAUAAGAGUCGUGAGUUCAAUCUCAUCUAUGACGGGACCAAGGAGGUGCCCAUGAACCCACUGAAGAUCUAUGACGUGUGCGACAUCCCCCCACCCAUUAGUAACCCCGGCUCCACAGGCUCUGCUCCUGGCUAUGACUCUGACGGUGAGGAGGAUGAUGUUCCUGAUACACCAGAACCUCCACCACCUCCCUACCACCCUCCAGUAAGCAAUUCUCCGCUGGCGGCUCCAGUGUGGACCCCCCCUGGCUCUGUUUCCCCUAUGCAACCCCCCAGCUGCCCUCCAUCUGCCCCCGAGGUGUGGCCUAAGAAGGAGCCGCUGGAUGUGGAGAUGACCCCUCCACCCAUGGACAUCCAGCCCCCUGCCAGCCUGGAGACACAGCCCAUAUCAGAUGUGCUUGUCACCACACCAGAGACCUGGAUCAGUUCUCUGCCCAUGACUGAUCUGGAGGUGCAGUUUUACUACCGUGGGAAGGAGGUGUGUCCUGCUGUUACUGUGAGUAACCCGCAGGGGUGUCGGCUCUUCUAUGGAGACCUGGGCCCCAUGGUGAACCAGGAGGAGCUGUUUGGUCCAGUCAGCCUGGAGCAGCUGCGCUUUCCUUCCACUGAGCACAUCAGUAAUGAUAAGCAGCGCAUCUUCACCAACCGCCUGCUAGAUGUCAUGGACCGUGGCCUGAUCCUGGAGGUUAGCGGACAUGAUAUCUACGCCAUCAGACUGUGCCAGUGUAAGGUGUACUGGUCUGGGCCUUGCGCCCCAAACCCCAAUGCCCCGAAUGUCAUCGAACGCCAACGCAAAGUCAAACUCUUCUGCUUGGAGACUUUCCUCAGCGGUGUGAUAGCGCACCACCGGGGUCAGUCUCCUGUCCUGCCUCAGUUUGAUAUUCACCUGUGUUUCGGGGAGGAGUGGCCAGAUGGACGGUCCAGGGAGAGGAAACUUAUCAUGGUACAAGUGAUCCCAGUAGUGGCCCGGAUCAUUAGUGAGAUGUUUUCAGGUGACGGUACGCGUUCUUUUGACAGUGGUAGUGUGCGCCUGCAGAUCUCUGUCCCUGAUAUUAAAGACAACAUUGUCACCCAGCUUAAGCAGCUUUACCACCUCCUACAAACACACCAGGGACAUGACGCCUGGCCGAUACCUCCUGGAGCAAACGUUCAUUUGCCCCCCGCCCUGCAUGCACAGUAGCACUAACACACACACACACACACAGAGAGACACACACAGACAGACCCAUCAUAUCCCAGUCCUACAUGCAUAACAGAACAACAAACACACACACACACACACACACACACACACACAGGUAAACCUUCCUUUUGUCCCACACUCAAACACAAAUACACACUUGCUUCACCCAAGAGGUUCUUUGGGGUGUGUGUGUGUGUGUGUGUGUGUGUGUGUGUGUGUGUGUACAUGUACAUGUUGCCUGUGUGUGGGUGGGUGGUUUAAAGGAAACAUACUGUGUGCAGCAUGUAGCAGUGUGUUUGUGGUGCAGUUAUACAAUGGCUUGCUUGCUUUUAAGGCUGCAGCACUGGGACAGGGGGUCAAAGUCUGUCAUACUACAGUUUGUAAAGUGUCAAUGAUUCACGAACACACACAACACAGGGCCCAUGGUGCAGCAUUAAUACCGAACCAGGCCAAGGCAGGUCUGAGGUUUAUCCUCAUUCUAGAGUCCACAUCCUAAGGUUCUUAAAAAGGAUCUCUAGUAGAGUGUGAUUUGAUUGUAAAUUCUAUUUUAUUUACAUGGUAGAUAUGAGUGCUGGGUUAGACUGCAGUAUGCAAUUGUGUGUGUAUAUAUAAAAUAUAUUUAGAUCUCUAAAGUGCAGAUCAGUUACAUUUUACUGUAGUUUUGCUGUCUUUUGAGCACUGUUGUAAUUGUUUAACUUUAGACUUAUUUUGAAAAAUUACCUGUAGAUGCUUGGUAUACUGUAGUUUAAAGAGUACUGUUAUUUCAUAACCUUGAAACCAUACAGCUUUUGUAAUCCUGUUAUGUCAUAGUUACAUGUGAUUUGUUUUUUUUUUGCUUUUAUAAAAUAAUAAAAACAAAGCUAAACUUUCAUUUGUUCCAGUCUAUACCACAAUAUCUGAUUAUAUCAGCCUAUUGCUUAUGCUUACAUAUCUUUAU